CUUAUGAAAUGUCCAACCCCGCUCGGCUAAACUUCACUUGACUGUAACCAAGAAUUUAGCGGAAGUUCUGGUCCCAUACUUUGGAAUGCACAAGAGUCAUCUCAUAAUCCAGACGGAGAAGCAUCGCCACAGCAAUGAGAGAGCCCAAGUCUGUCCAAUGUCGGCCCUCUGCCGUCCCCAGCUUGUCCUGGUGCUACUUCGGCAAGGCCUGUGUGCCUUCCUCCUCCUGCUGGUCUCCGGGGUUCACAGCCAAGGGCGACUGAAGCUGACCGUGCUCUCUGAGGACCGGCUCCAGAUGAAGUGGAAGGAGGCAGAAAGGCCGGUACAGGGGUACAAGGUUCGGGUCAAACCCAUCUCAGAUGAGCCCCAGCCGGAGCUAAUGCUGACGACAACGCGGGGUCAGGCAACGGUGGCAGGCCUGGACUCCCAUCAGGAGCACAUCCUGCAGAUCCUGAUGCUCAACGGGACCCAGGAGCGGCUCAUUGCCAAGAGACGCUUCACCAUCAACAGCCUGCGUGAGGAUUGGCGGAACCGCAGUGGCAACCGUGAGCAGAGGAGGAAAGCCCAGGCGGGGGUCGGGGGACCAACCAACACUGAUGAUCUCACCACGGAGGCUCUGUUGGCAGUGCCCACUGUGCUGUACCAGCAGCCUACAACAACAGAAGUCCCAGAAUCUGCAGAUGAGGGCAACAGGAGAGAGAGUGUGCCAGUGGAGAAGAAAAAGAGGAAGAAGGAUCGUUUGAAGGCUGAUAAGGAAAAGGGAGUGCAGAAGACCACACGGGAGAAAGAAGAGCCAGAGAUGUCGAGUAAAACCAGGACAGGGAAGACUGUCCCCACACAGCCUGUCACCGCGUCAUCGGACCGGAAGGCAUUUGUGUGCGACAGUACCGAUGCCGCCGAUGUGGUUCUGCUGGUGGAUGGAUCAUGGAGCAUCGGUCGCACCAAUUUCAAGAGGGUGCGGGAAUUUCUGGAGGCCUUGGUCACUCCCUUCCACAUCGGCAGCGACGGAGUCCAGAUCGCCCUGACCCAGUAUAGUGGAGAUCCCCGCACGGAGUGGCACCUCAGCAACUUUACCAGCAGUGAGCAGAUCUUGGAGGCCAUCAGGAGCUUCAGAUACAAGGGAGGGAACACUUUCACAGGCCAGGCACUGAUGCAUGUCCUUGAGAAGAACCUGAACCAGGCAGCUGGGGUGCGGCCAGGUGUUCCCCACUUCCUCCUACUGCUCACGGACGGCAAGUCCCAGGACGAUGCCAUCGCCGCAGCCAGCAAGCUGAAGAGUGCAGGAGUGGAGAUCAUCGCCGUGGGGGUGAAGAAUGCAGACGAGUCGGAGCUGAGGCAGGUGGCCUCAGAGCCAGUGGAACUUAACGUCUAUAAUGUCAAUGACUUCCCCCUGCUGAGCAAGCUGGUCAGCCGCCUGGCACGCAUCCUCUGUGGGAAGAUUGAGGACCGCAACAAGGCCAAGAGAAUGGAGCAGCCAACCUUAGACCCAGCAUUGUCCUACCCAAGCCCCAUUGAUCUGGUAUUGUCCCAGCUGGGAUCUAGGGAGGUCCAGCUGAGCUGGACAGCCCCAAGCAGAGCUGUGGCAUGGUACCGAGUGGUAUUCCACAACUCAGAGGGCCACAGUCCACAGGAGGUGGUGGUGAGUGGGACGGAUUCCAGCGUGCUGCUGAGGGGCCUCUCCUCCCAGACCCAGUAUCAUGUUUCCAUCUUUCCCAUCUAUGAGGACAGCAUGGGCCCAGCGCUCAGAGGAACCUUUUCCACACUGCCGUUUGCCGCCCCCAAGGCCCUGGAAGUCACUGCAUCCUCCCCCAGCAGUCUGCGUGUACAGUGGGACCUGACUCCUGAGGCCACGGAGUACAUGGUCCUUUACUCUGCCCUUUCCAACGGGGAGCCGGAGGAUGCAAAGGAGGUAAAGUUUGGCCUGGAGCAGACGGAUGUCGAGUUGACGGGUCUGAUGCCAUCCACAGACUACUCGGUGACCCUUUACGCCCUGUAUGACGAGGACGCAAGUGACCCCAGCACUGCCAUGGCUACCACGUUUCCACUGCCAGCCCCUCAGAGCCUGCAGUUCCCCUUGGUCAGCCAUAGCACAGUGAUGGUUAGCUGGACCCCAGGCUCUGUGGAUUCACGUAGCCACUUCAUCACGUAUAGCACUAACCAUGGUAGUGACGUCAAGCAGGUGGAGGUGACAGGAGUAAACUCUGUGCUCCUUCAGAACCUCUCGUCCCUGUCCAGGUACCUGGUGUCCGUGCGCUCCAAGUUUGAACAGGGCCUCUCUGCCCCCGUCACCGCCAAUGUCACCACCUUGAGGGUCCCCGCGCCAUCAGACUUGAGAGUGACAAACUUCUCAGGAAGUGACAUCACUGUGCGUUGGGACACGGCAGCCAGUGAUGUUUUGUCGUACCUGAUCAAAUGGAUUUCCCUCAGUGGGGGAGAACUCAGUCAGCCUGCCGUAGCUCUUUCUACCCUAGGUACUCGAAGCAAGCGUGGGGGAUUGUAUGUGGUCAGCAGAUCACUAAGGUCUGGCCAUUGUGUGAUCAGGACCAAACUCUGUCUUCCAGUGUCAGGCAGUGGCCCCUCUGAUGUGACAAUCUCCGAGGAGACACCUGUGAGCUUGCUGGUCACCUGGAUGCCCCCGAAUGCCCAUGUUCUCCAGUAUCGCAUCUCAUACAUCGCCCUGACUGGAGACGUGCAGGAGCAGACAGUUCUGGUGCCAGGCAUCGAAAACCAUGUUCGCUUGCAGUCCUUGCUCCCUGACACACAGUACGGUGUCCUGGUCACCGCAGAGUACAGGAACCGGGAGGGAGGCAGCGCCUCCACACAGGGCAAGACCGCCAGCCUGCGAGUCAGCAGCGCGACCGUGGUCCACUCUGACCACUCCAGCCUCUGCAUGUCCUGGAGACCCGUGCUAGCUGUCACGGAAUACCGCAUCGUUAUCCAGUCACUUAGAGACCACAAGAUAAAGGAAGAUGUCAUUGAGGCUUCCAGCAGCUCCCACUGCUUCUCCAACCUGCAGCCUGAGUCUAUGUAUCGCAUAAGCAUCCACUCCCGUCUCGGCACAAUAGAGGGCACUGCAGUCACCAUUCUUCACUCCACGGCCCCCACACCCGCUGGACCACCUUUAUAUCCCAGACAGCCCCUGGCUCAUAAUGAAGUAUGUCCAGAGGUAACCAUCAGAAACAGUGUUAUCAAAGGCUUUGAUAUGAUGGAGGCCUUUGGCUUGACACCAAGGGCCCACGCAUCCGUGGAGGGCAUCGCCACGGAGACCUUCAUCUUCAGCACCCUGCCUAGCUAUACACUCUACCAGGACAUCCAGCUCACGCAGCGGACGCGCCACACCCACCCCGCAGGGCUCUCCCCGGAGCACACGGUCAGCAUGGUCUUCCGCCUGCUCCAGGGCACGCCACAGGAGCCCUUCGCCCUCUGGCAGAUCACAGACAUCGACUAUCAGCCCAAGAUGGGAGUGGCGCUCGACCCUGCUAGGAAACAACUGCUGUACUUCAGCCUGGACUAUCGGGGGGAGGUGCAGGAGCUAAUGUUUGACCAACCCCAGGUGCACCGCCUCUUCUAUGGUAGCUUCCACAAGGUGCACUUGUCUGUCAGCCAGGUGAGCGUCUCCCUGUCGGUGGACUGCCAGCACGUGGCGGACUGGCCGGCCCGGCCCCUGGGGAUGCUCCCCACUGAUGGCUUUGAGAUGCUCGGCAAGCUGCUCAGGACUCGCGGCCCGCACAGCGGCUCUGCCUCAUUUCAGCUGCAGUCCUUUGAGAUUGUGUGCAACACCACCUGGGCCUCAGAAGACACCUGCUGUGACAUUCCAGCCCAGAGAGAUGAGGAAAGCUGCCCCACCCCUGCAUAUGCAUGCACGUGCACCUCUAAUGUUCCCGGAGCCCCAGGGCCGACUGGUCCUCCGGGCAAACCCGGUCCCCGUGGUGAGAAGGGGCAGAAAGGAGAGCAAGGCCAGAAGGGAGAAAUGGGUCCUCCAGGAAAAGCGGGGCCAGUGGGGGGGCCGGGGCCCCUUGGCUCUCAUGGUCCCCGGGCGAUGACGGUCCAGGGGCGAAUAGGUCCACCAGGAGCGAGAGGGGAAAAGGGAGAGGUUGGGAAGCCUGGACGCCAGGGACUACCAGGUCCUCUGGGGCCCAAAGGCAAUGAGGGAAACCCAGGUCCCAAGGGAGUGCGAGGUGUGGAAGGCAACAUGGGUAGCCCUGGGAUACCAGGACCAAGGGGGUUUCAAGGAUUACCAGGCUUUCCUGGACCCAUGGGCGAAAGAGGAGCACUAGGUCCAGUGGGACCAACAGGUCUUCCUGGGAACAAAGGAGAGAGAGGGGAGAAGGGGGAGCCACAGUCGCUUGCCAGUAUUUACCAGCUGGUUACUCAGGCUUGUGAACAGCUAGUACACGAUGAAGUUCUGAAGCUGGAGUCUGCCCUGCAUGAGAUCAGCCGAAAGCCUGUGCCGCAGCAGGAGCCCAUGGGCCCCCCAGGAGAGCUCGGCAUUCCAGGCACCAGAGGGCCUCCGGGACCCAGGGGGGGCCAGGGAAAUCCAGGUACUAGGGGAAACCCUGGAAAGCCAGGAUACCCUGGGGAACAAGGGCGGAGGGGGAUUCCUGGGGGAAAGGGUAAUGCAGGGGCCAAUGUACAGGGGCCCAAGGGGAUUAAGGGAUUACCAGGUCUGCCCGGUGAGUCCAAGCUAGGCGACACAGGGCCUCGAGGUCCGGAUGGGAAUCCUGGGGACGCUGGGCCACCUGGAGCCAUUGGCCAGCGUGGGGAAAUGGGACCCCCUGGUGUAUGUGACAGCAGUGGCUGCAACAGAAGGAGUAAUGCAGCAGAAGAUGCAUACUACAGUCUCCAGCCCUGAAUGCUGGUGGAUGACUCCAUUCCACAAUUGUCCCGCGUUCAUCCCAAGUCUCAGCCCAUUCGGAUACAGUUCCUUUGUUUCUUAUUGAAAUUGAAAGUACUUUAUUUUGAGCAAAGACUUAUUUCUGGACAAAAACCAGCAAUGAGAUGAACAGCUAACAGAUAUGGCUGCUAGAGCCGUCAGUCAGGCAUUAGCAAUUAGUGGGAGGGAUAGAAAAUGCCUUUGCAUGAAUUUGUAACAGUCAGAAAGGAUUAGAUCGCAGGUAGGAAAUUCUGGUUUCAACUUUGCCCUCAAUGGCACGAUUUAAGGCAUUAUUUUAAACCCUAUAUCCUCCUGUGACCCAAGGAAAAAAAGUAUCUUAAAAUUGUAGGUUAUUUGUCUUUGGAGGAAAUAAGACAUCUUACAAUUUAGAUUUUUUCAAAUUCAUUUUUAUUUUUAAUUUCACAGCAUGUGAAAAUGUCCACUGCAAUGGACAUAAAUGAAUGGGUGGGGUCUCAGGAGGAUAUAAUUGCACCUGAUAUUUUCCUCACCAAGUGCCUUAUUUGUUAGAACUGUCCACCCCAGUUCUAGAGUAUUGGAUUAGAUCAUGCACUCGCAGAAAAGAAACUGUACUUGCCCCAAAUGCUUAGCUUGUUAACACUACUGAAAUGUUGUGUUUAUCAGUCUAAGACUGGGUCAGAAAUAUUUAUCUUUAAGGGUAUUAUAAAAAUGUAUUUUAUAUAUGAAAGCUACACAUUCUAAUGUUUUUGAUUUUGUUUUUCAUAUGUGUUGGUAUUUAUUAUUUAUACCUUUUAAAAAAAUUGUUUUCCAGUAUGAAAGGGAUUUCCUAUAAGAAACAUUUUAUAGAAAAAAAAUGUCUGUGAUUUGAAAAAGAACUACUUAGGCACUGAAAUAUACGUAAUUUGUCAAUUGCUUCUGGUUCUCAUAUUUAUAUAAUAUAACAAAAAUCAAAUUUUAAAUGUACUUUAAAAGUGUAUUUACACUGUCUGAAGUAAAAUUACAAUGCAUAGAUUUGUUUAAUUGAUAAACCAUACACUGUGAUGACCAUUACAUAUAUUUUUUGAAUAUUUAAUAUGUACUUUACGUCUUAACUCAUCUCAUUUUGUUAAACAGCAGGUAGUGUUUUUGUUGCUGAAAAUUAAUGCCAUUCCAUGUUUUUCGUUUAGCUUUUCCUUUUAGUUUAUUGUUGUGAAAUGCUCUUUAUAACCAAAGACUGAUGUGGUUUGUAAUUGUAUUGUGCAGUAUACAUUUAAGUGAGUUUUGUAUGAAAAUUGUUUCAUAGCAUUAUACAUAAUGGUUGAACAAUAGCAACUGCGCACCUAAUUCUGAAAUUGAUAAUAUAACAUAACCACUCUUUAAAACAUUCAGCUGUGCUAUACUUUUGAGACUGUUUUGGUGUUGAUAUCGUCCCUUCAUCACAAACAGAUGGGAAGCCAUAUGAGCUAUACAAAAGAGGCGCUCUCAGUUUUUUGUAUUGAAUGUCUUAAAACUGUGUGACACUACAGAACCAGUAUAGUCGACCCCUCUACAUCACAGUUUUGAUAUAUCACGGAGUCAGCUUAAGAAAUUUUAUUUGAAUUUUUUGGGAGCUUUUGGGAGUUUUGCAAAAAGCCUCUGAUGACACACGAAGGCCAGCAGAUACACACAAAAUUUUAAUAACUCAUAUAUCGUAUGUAUGUAUCUGCAGUAUUGGUUUGGAGGAUGCCAAGCGUGUGUAUGGCAGCGAUCUCGCUUUACUUCGAUCUGCCUGCCAAGGGGACCAAAAAACAUAUUUUUUUCCUGAUCGCAGGGGGGGCCUGCAGCCCUGCACCCUUUAACCCCUGCGAUGUAGAAGGGUCGACUGUACUUUCCUUCUAGCCCAGCUUGAUAUCUUCUUUUAUAAAAAUACAUUGUCUUCUGAGAUCUGUUUAAAUAGUUUUAAACAUAUAGAAAGAAAAUUGGAAAAAAAACUGAACAAAUGAAAAAUAAAUAUGGUUCUAUAAAA